CACAUAGCAUCCACCCUUUAACAUCCCUCACGCGCUUCCACUGCAUCUCGUCCCCUCUCCUCUCCUCGAUUCCCAAUUCGAAGGCGGCUAACCCUGCGCCGAUAGGCGGCGGCGGCGAGGCUAGAGGGUUCCCUGCGGCGGCGGCGAUGGCGGCUUCGGCGAAGUACAACCGUAGCAAUCCGGCGGUGAAGCGGAUCCUGCAGGAGGUCAAGGAGAUGCAAUCCAACCCCUCCCCCGACUUCAUGGCCCUGCCCCUCGAGGAGGACAUAUUCGAGUGGCAAUUUGCUAUCCUGGGACCACGUGACAGCGAGUUUGAGGGUGGAAUCUACCACGGCAGGAUCCAGCUGCCCUCUGACUAUCCAUUCAAACCGCCGUCCUUCAUGCUGCUCACGCCAAGUGGACGAUUUGAGAUUCAGAAGAAGAUAUGUUUGAGCAUAUCCAAUUACCACCCUGAGCACUGGCAGCCAUCAUGGAGUGUGCGCACAGCGCUAGUAGCCUUGAUUGCAUUCAUGCCAACAAACCCUGGUGGGGCGUUGGGCUCACUGGACUACAAAAAGGAAGAUAGAUGGGCGCUUGCUUUAAAAUCGCGUGAAGCACCACCAAAAUUUGGUUCCCCAGAACGCCAGAAAGUAAUUGAUGAGAUCCAUGAGCAAAUGCUCAGUAAGGCACCACAUGUUCCUCAACAGCUAACAAAUGGCCCUAAUGAGGAGUCUAACCAAUUACCCGCCCCUGGCUCUUCUGGUGAGCAUGUGGACAAGGCAGCUGAAGGCAAUGACACAUCUGGGUCCAUGUCAGCCUCCUUGGGUAACCUUACUGAGCCUGAAUCUGAGUCUGAAGUUGUAGAAAACACUGGUGAAGGCCCGGCAGCUGAGGUUGCCAACCACCAUAUGCCUGAAGCGACUCAUAGAGAAAACAUUCCAAGAGUUCCUUCGGCGCCACAGAAUCCUGCUGUUGCCAUCCAGAAGCCAAAACAUGACAGGCUAUUGACCUUGGCCGCAUUUGGGCUGACUCUUGCUAUUAUGGCCCUUGUGAUCAAGAAGUUUUUGAAAAUUAAUGGCCUAGCUGGUUUUAUCGAGGGCAAGUUCUGAGUAGCCUUGUGUCUGAGUGGAUGUGUUAUGGUCUAUAAUUUAUAACCCCCAAAAAAUUGUAAAUGGCUGUUGUCUAGUUAUAGAUGAAAUCAAAGUGGGACGAUACUGUCAAUACCCCAUUGUAUGUAGUACACUUGAUGGAAAAUUGCUGAGGCCUUGCAUCUUCUGUUUGUGCAUGUUGUGCUAUGGCAUGCUUA